AUGACAACGUUUCGACAUAAGUCAAAUAUGAGUAAACCACUUCGAAUCUCGUUGAAUUCAUUAAACACUGAUAAUGGCCGAUUGACGAGAUCAUUCAAAUGUUUCAAGAAAAUAAAAAAGAUUGGUUUAUUUAUGACUGGAAAGCCAACAGCAAGCCGUAUGAAUAGAACUCUCAAUCUGCAGUCGUUCGAGGUGCAAAGUCAUAAAAAAACCUAUAUGACCACUUCACAAGAGUUAGAAAUACCAAAGUUUAUUGAAGUUGGAAGGACUGAACCACUCAGAGGAACACCUCGCCUUAAUGAUGAAGACUGUUCCGAUGAAGCUUACUUAAAACGUCACGAAAAACAUGAAAAACAAGAGAAAAUUAUGAAGAGGCGUGAUUUAAGUCGCCAACGCGAGCAGUUGUAUAGAAUGCAUCUCAUGAAGAUCUCAACACCCGAAGAGCCUAAAUUACCAAUGAUUAGUGCUGUUAAGGUGGUUUCUCGUAUACCAAAAUUUAAAACAGGAAAAAAGAAUUGA